AUGACCUCCCGGCCCCCCUUGGGCGUCCAGCAGCGACAGCCCCAGCAGAGAAAGUUGAGCGGCCCGGCCCUGUCGCAGCAGCGCUCUCUGUCGCAACCCCAGGCCCAGGCCCAGGCGCAGCAGAUACAGCAGCAGCAACUGCAACAACAACACCAACACCAACAUUUUCAACCACCACAACAACAGCAACAGCAACUGCAGCAGCAGUACGAUGCCUCGAGCUAUCUACCGCCGCCACCCCCUUCCGUCCGUACAAAUAACAACCAUAACAACUUCAACCAAAAUAACACUCUCAACACCACCUUCCCACCCGAAUUCGGUCAAGAUCCCGCGAGCAUAGUUUCCCCCGCUGACCCGUCGGGUUCGUCACCCGCGCUUUCCGUUGGUGGUGUUGGCAGUCGCCAUGGGACCCAGCGUCGAGGGGGUUCGCGCCUUAGGCUCGAGCUAUCACACAACGAUCCUUCGAACGCCUUCUCGUCUCCCACCGUGAUCGAAUCUCCCGGCCUCAUGGAACCGCAUAAACAGUAUAGCUCCAUGGCGCACCUAAUGAUGCCUCUAGCCGAUGGGUCGGACUUGGGCGAGAUGAGCCCCCAUCAUCAUCAUCAUCAUCAACUCUCCAUUCCGCCCCAACACUUAGAUGCCGACGUUCCGAUCCCCUUUCCCCAGCGCCGACCGAAAGCAGUGCCCGAACACUCGCGUCGAGAACAACCGCCGCCGCCGCCGAACCCGGCGCGAAAAGACACGCGCCCGAAACCUUAUACUAUCGAGCUACCCGCCGCCGCUCCACGCUAUCGUAUACGUGGGAGGAAUGAUGGACAAGGGGGACAGGGGAGGUCAAGUGCGCUCGCAACGGCAUCAUCAUCGUCAACGACAGGCAGCUCGGCCACGGCAAAUUAUGGAUGUGCCGACUUCUUCCCGUGGUCUGGGACGGCCGGCAACCACCCCGAAGAUCAGUUUAACGAUGGCGCCAUAAAGAACGGGUAUUAUGAGAAAAGAAUUGUUGAACCAGAGACGCAAUCCGCAAAGACAGUAUUAUUUCACGGCCUAAAGCAGCGGAGUGGACUGAACGCGUUAUCAAUCUUCUUUGCGGGCGUGCUAUGGCACAGGAGAAAUGCGGGUCAAGUAACUGCGCCAUCGACCUUCAAGCCGCCCCCAAGAGUCACGCUCACUGACACCAAAAAAGAAGUCUGGCUCAAAGACCUUGCCAACUCCGCCAUCCCUCUUCGGAAACUCAGUCGAUCGAUCCCUCACGGCGUGCGCAACAAGGUCUUGCUGGAUCAGUGUUUAAACAAAAACGUUCCGAUAGACCGUGCCGUUUGGCUGGCCAAGUGCGUGGGUACCAACGAGCUACGAACUUUCAGGAGGCUUGGUAAAGGGAACAAUGCUUCGGUGUUAGAGGGUGAGCGGAAGUGGCUCAAGGACUGGACCCUCGUCAUCGAGCAGUUCAUUGAGCGUGCUUUUUUCUCGUUCGGCGAGCAAAACUGGAAGGCCAAGGUCAACUACGCAAUCCAGCUCGCAACACACCUAUACGCCGAGGGUCUCAUGGACCGUGAGCAUUAUCUUGAUUGGACAGUUUCCAGCUUGGAAUCGAGCCACCACUCUCAACUACCCAUGUGGAUUAUUAUCGCACAAAUAUACUGGAAAGAUUUGCUUCGGCUAAGGAGAUAUGGUCGAAGACUUGCUACUGCUCUCAUUAGCCACUACCAUGUGAUACAUGCACACGAGGACAGAGAUAUUUAUGUUCCUCUACUUUCCAAGCUAUCACACCUUCUAGGAACGCUAAUGGUUGCCACACCGGAGAACUUCGUGUCCCCUGCUGUAUGGGUCAAGUACCGGGACGCGCUCAAAACGUGUCUGCCCCAAGGGGACGAAGCACGCCAUCGAUCUUUUGCUGGCAUCAACUAUCGAAACGAACAACUAGUCGCCUCCGCCAACAGGUCGCAACCCGCUGCUCGGAUCAUUCUUGUCAGACAUUUGGAUCAGGUCAUCUUGGAGAAACCAAUGCCUGACGAGUUUCCAGCUCAGUGUUGGACUGUCUCCAAGGAUAAGGCUGCCCUGGUCAGGGCUCUACUAGAGUGGUGUACAACACUAUACAGGCCGGGGCUCGCAAAAGUUUAUGUUGCCCAUCGGAUAUUGAUGCAUUGGAGUACUCUGGGUUUGGACGUCACUUUCGCUGUGCUGAACUUCAUGGAAGGGGAGGUCCUUGAGGAAAAAGAGCGCAAGGAGGCGCUCUACCACCUCGUGUCGGAGCUAGUUCGCUCGGGGAUUUUUCUGGUAUCGCAGUACAUCCAGUGGCUGAUUGCACGCGGUGGGCUGACCGAUCCGCAACUGGUCAUGCCGGACGGUCCGCCAUUUUCUCGACUGCUUGCGGAGCUCCCGCCGCAAAUUUUGGGCAGUUCGCAAAGACGAUCAAGAGAUGCGUUGCUUCGCCGAGCAGGCUUUAACAUUGCCGACGACGCACAGGAUGCAGAUAUGGCCAUCAGACGCCUCCGGCAUGCACUGGGCCUGUGUGUGGGGGUUACUGAUGCCGUGUCAAUGGGGAGGCCCCUUCCGAUCAAGAAUAUAGCCAGACGCAUCAAAGACGCAAGCCGAGCGCGCAAGGCGGAGAUAGCAUCUUGGCUACGGAACACGGUUACUGGGGGAGAACUCGAACACAGCACUCUCAACACUUUCGGUCAGCACGGGCUUUCUACCAGACUUUUCAACUCGAUAAGAAGGAUUUUCGAGGCCACCCAGGAGUUUUCAGUGUUUGCUGAUGUUCUCAAAAUGUUGACAAAAUGCUCCAACCCGGAGGUACUCGCCUCGAUCGCGGAUACUAUUACUCGGUGGCCGUUUGAAUUUGCUGCUCUCGGCUGUUUCAAAAAUCUGUUCAACAUUCUUCACAGCCGGCUCAGGGAUGUUGUGCGAGAGCAGGGGAUAGGAGCGCGGCCUCUACUUGCAUCACUCGCUUACCUAGCAUCACGGGUGCCUGGGAUGGAUGAAGUCGCUACGCAGUUGAAGUCCGAUUUGGCUCUGAGCGACCGGCACAAUCCUGUAGACGCCUGUUCACCUGUCAGUGACAACAUGGUGUCUCGUCUUCAAGACAACGAUGGCGAUCUCCAUGAGGAGGUAGAGAAGCUUUUGGCUAACGGUACUAGUCUUGAUCGUAACACGAUGGAUCGGCUUUUCAGUGCGGUGAUUCAGCGACUACAGACGUACUGGGCUAAAGGAGAUGAACAACAGAGGGUUUACGGUAUUCUCUUGAAGCGGCUGCGAAUGUUCGACCUACAGCACUUAGAUGAGCUCAUGGCAAGAUGGCUUCUUCACGUACGGGGCCUCAACAGACGAGCAACGAUCUUGCACCUAUACCCCCUCCUGGUCUCGAUAGGCUGUUUAGGAUUGCCUGCAAUCUUGGCAACAGCUUCUGAGACAUCGAACCCUCCCGGUGCCGGCAAUCAACGACACCCGCAACCAGGUGUCGGCACAUCUCAGAUUGUCCAGACUACCUUUCGGACCAGAUACAUGCAAGAAGUGCUUCAACUGUUCAUGGCGCCAGUCUCGUCUGAAAGUUUAUUAACGCCAGAGGAGCGCUACCGCUUCGAAAUACUUCAGGAACAGGCCAAGAAGGAAAGUCCACGAGAACUUCUCGGUUUGAUCCAACUUGCUCUGGCGGAGUAUACUUAUGCUCGUGCUCAGAACGAUCUGCAAGACCUGCCCCUGGAUAAGGAAGCCAACCAGGGCCGUCUUCUUGAGCUUUUAAAGCGCCUUGUGUUGAAAGACCCGGUAGGAGUCGCUAAGGCGCUGCAAAUCCGAGGGCCUGAUGCCCAGGUUGCCGGCUGGAUUGAUCGCAUGACUACCAAGCUGCUUGUCACUGCCGCUGGCGAGAGCACACGCGUAACGUUCGAGCAAGUUCUCAACCUCACUAACGAGUUUACUCUCCCCUUCUGUCAUGUCAAGUUACUGUUGAGCCUGUCGUCGAAUGACCAGCAGCAAAGCGCGGCAGAUUCGGGCGAACGUGUCCCGUCGAACGUAGAGCUUUUUAUGAACGCCAUGGAAAAGUCGAUGGACGCACAGCGGGUCUCAUGGAUCGGAAUGCUCCCCUCCCUUUCUCCCGACCUAACACAUCAUCUCAAGAACCAGGCACAGUCUCGGUUCCUGAACCUUCUGCCUUCAUCCAGAAACCCACCCUCAAUGACGUUGGACAGGUCGACGCUCCAGAUGCGCCUACAGAAAGCGGAGAACUUUCUUGCCAUCAUGGAUACCAUCAUUAGGGGAAGCGGUCCAAUGGGGCUUCGCCAGCACCAACUGGUUCCGGUUAUGGUGGAAAGAUUCAUGGACAUGUUGGAACUGUUGCAAACUCUGACACCACUCCCUAGCCAAGCAGGUGGUCUAGGAGGAUGGGGAGGACAGUGUGUCAGUGCCGCCGCAGCCAGUGGUGACAACCAUGCUGAUCUGAAAAGCGAUAUUCUCAACCACUGGCUUCCUCUCUUUCUCAACUUCCUCACCCUCCAUGCCCAGACUUUUGACACCAGCAAACCCGGAAACGAAGUUCGUGGCAGAGCUCUUAUCGUAUGCGCUGGUCUUAUCAGGGAACUUGACCUGAUCCACGGGCCCGACUUUGACACUCGUCAACUAGGCGGACGUAUCUUUGAUCUGGCUUGCGUGUUGGUCGACAAUCUAGCCGAGGACGCGCGGUUACAGUGUAUCCAAGCUCUCAAGUCCCCUUCGGAUGUGAAGCUCAGGUACAUCUUCAGCUAUCAGGAUAACCCGCAUGCAAACUUGAUGCUGUGUCAUAAGGAAAGGCCUACGCCGAUGGCUAUGGGCAACAAUGGCACUGGCUCGCCGGCCCCUGGUACCACCCCAACGCACACACCAGGUGUCACUCCGGGGCAACAGGCAACUGGGCCACAGAAUGCAGGUGGUGGUGGUGGUGGUGGUGGUGGUAAUGGUGGAGGUUACUUCAGUCUUCCUGGUCAUACGCAACAGGCUCAAGCGCAAGGAUGGCACGCCGCCCAACAGCAGCAACUACAGCAGCAACAGCAACAGCAACAGCAACAGCAACAGCAACAGCAACAGCAACAGCAACAGCAACAGCAACAGCAACAGCAACAGCAACAGCAACAGCAACAGCAACAGCAACAGCAACAGCAACAGCAACAGCAACAGCAACAGCAACAGCAACAGCAACAGCAACAGCAACAGCAACAGCAACAGCAACAGCAACAGCAACAGCAACAGCAACAAGGAGGCACAGGCCCCAUGCCCUCACCAGCCAUCAGCAUCAACACUAACCUUACGCACCUCAACCUCGGCAACAACAGCAACCCACCCACACCCUCUCCCAUGAACCCAGCGAGACCAGCAAUGGUCAUGGUAGCCAACCUUUGGGGAGGUUACUCAUGCGUUUCCACCAUGGGCGGAUCACAAGAGCGACUGACGCCUUUCAACUUCCGGCAGUGGGAGAUGCUGAGCGAGCCGACCAGCCAGGUCGGCGAGAACGACACGGCGGUGAACCUUAUGCUGUUUGAAAGUCGCAAGGUGCAGUAG